UAUCCCUUACCAGCUCUUGAACAUGGAAUGAAUCUCACUUGGGAGAAUAAUUUUCCACAUAUAUAGGAAACCUAAUCGCUAAGCCCCUACUUGGUUGCAUUGGAGAAAGCAAAUGGCAAGCUCUAAACCAUUUGCCAUUCUCAUUUUGCUGAACAUCUUCUUCUUGUUCUUUGCUUGUGUUUCUUCCCACAAGUUGCCGUGCCCCCCAGAAAAGCCAGCCAAGUGCCCAAAAGACACGCUGAAGUUCGGAGUUUGUGGUGAAUGGCUGGGUUUGGUCAGUGAGGUAGUUGGGGCCAAGCCUAGCCCCCAGUGCUGCACCUUGGUGAAGGGCUUGGCUGAUCUUGAAGCUGCUGCCUGCUUGUGCACUGCUAUUAAGGCCAAUGUGUUGGGGGCCAUCAAUCUCCAAGUCCCCAUUGCCCUCAGUUUGGUCAUUAAUGGCUGUGGGAAGGAGGUCCCCGAAGGCUUUGUUUGCCCUUAGCAUCCGUCUCUGUGGUUGUAUCCGUGCCUUGUUCACUAGUAAUAUGAAUCUUAGUCAUAUUUUGGUAAUACCAUGUUGUCUCAUUUACUCUC